GCGAAGAAGGUGACUGAAGACCUGAGAGGGAAGUAGGAAGAUCUGUAGCUCAUUAGAGAGUAAAGUUUCCACUUCUGUUUCAUUGUGCGGUUAGUUUUGAUCAAAAAGAGAAGAUGCCAGUUACAGAUGAGAUGACGCUUAGGAGGACAAAGUCACAGUGGAUGCGUAAACUGGUGCUAAGCUGGAUUCUGUUUUGGACCUGUCAACCGCCUCUCUCCCUUCACCAUGUGUCAGCAAUCAACCUGCGGCAGUUCAUUGGAUGUGCAGUUCGGGAAUUUACCUUCCUGGCCAAGAAGCCUGGCUGCGGGGGCUUGCACAUCACUACUGAUGCCUGCUGGGGGCGCUGUGAGACAUGGGAGAAGCCAGUCCUGGAGCCCCCUUUCAUUGAGUCUUACCAACGGGUUUGUACCUACAACAUGACACGUAUGGUCACAGUGAAUCUACCCAACUGCAAGCCCAACGUUGACCCGACAUACACCUAUCCUGUGGCCCUAAGAUGUGCUUGUGGAGUCUGUCUUACAAGCACCACUGAAUGCAUAACAUCCAUCUGAAAAGUCAU